UGCUCCGCGACCAUCCGAGUGACGCCGCCACUUAUCGUGUCCUUCGGUUGCCGCCGCCAGUGCCCCGGCUUCUCCGACGCGAGUGCAGUAGGCUUAGGCCGGAAGCUGGUGGCGCUGACGAGCGAAUCUGUGGCGAAUGUGCGCUGUAUGUGGCCACAGGGCCUCUAUCGCUGUUCGGCUGUUCUGUUUGUCAUUUUUAGUGUCGUAGGCUAUUUUGACAAGAUUUGGGUACAUGCGAAAAGGGUGUUGAUAUACAGAAAUGUAAUAUUGCCAUUGCAUUUUUAUACCAGUGUAGCAAAAGGUGUUUAUAGUUGUGAUGCUUUAGGUGAAGUGCUGUUUAGUGAAACAAACAUACGGUUUUAUUGUUUAAAGAUACCAAUAGCGACUCCCAUAGUAAGAGUCCCCUAGUGACAUGUAAAUGUUGGACAUGUAAAGCUAUUGCUAACAGUUAAGAAGGUCAAAUCCGCAUAUAGUAAGGUUUAAUGUUUAAUGAAGAUUCUAAGUGUUGCUGAAUCCUAGAGCCAGUGAAGGCUUGACUGAGUCUCCUGCUCGCUCGCCCACGUGGACCUCACUGUUGACAAAUUGUGCGGCGGAGCGAAGGGGCCCCUCUGCGCGUUGCCCUCGCGCCCCGCCGCCCGGAGGAUGGUGACGUGAGUCCGUGCGGCAGGUGCGUUGGUGUGAAGGCACCGCCCACGCCAUGCCACAGUACCACGACGCCAUGCUAGACCACUCAGCCGUGGGGGUCAAGAACGUGUUCUGGCCCGAUCAGAUCACGCCGCGACCCCGCACCCGCUCCUCCGCCCGGAGUUUCUUCGCCGCCCUCAAGAGGCAUUGCGACAGUUACACGGUCUCGCCGCCGGCAACGCCCACGUCUUCGCGCCCGCAUACGGGUUGGGCAACGCUCCAGCACCCACCCAGCACUGCCGCGCGCCAGCACGCCCUAGCCAGGAGUCGCAGUUACUCCGAGGCUCGUUCCGCCCACGUCACCUGGCCCUCCUGGUCACGCACACCUUCGCCCAUCUGCUCUGAAAGUGUCGUCCCUCCGCUGCUGAAACCAUCGGCCACCCCGUCAGCACCUGGCGGUCCUGUGGCGCCCACACUCUCCCCUCCUGCAGGGCUUCCUCCCGCCCCGCGCCCAUGUAGAAUCCCGACGCCCACUCCACCUGCCACGCCCACCAGUGGCUCUCGCAAGGGCACGCCUCGGAGCAACAAAAGGAGCUCCGGGUGCUGGCGCGGCUCUUCACCGCCUUCGCCUCCAGCCUCGCCCGGAGCCACCUUAGGCCUCCGGCAGGUGGAGCGCCAGCCUCGUCGGCGCGGCAGGGAUGGCUCGGUGACUGCCCCGGCCAGCCCUGUCGAAGCCCCUCGGGGCUGGCCCAGCCCUCCCCCCUUCGCACAUCGGGCCUCGCCUGUAGACGAGGGCGGUGAUCAGUGGGUACUAUGCACGCUGUCUCGCCCUCGCACGGGCUGGAACAAGCGCGUGCAGAAGAUGAAUCAAAUGUCCAUGGAGAAGAAUGCUGCGCAGUACAAGCAGUGGCUGCAAGACACACCAAAACCCAGCAAGGGAGGGGUGUUUCUUAGCCGGGCGUACUCCGUCAAGGAGAAGCUGAAAGGGAUGAAGUCCCCAAUGAGAAGCACCGGUAAGAUCGUGAAGGUGGAGCCAAGUCACAGCAGCGAAAGCCUGGAGAGCAAGGUGGAGCAUGUUUGGCGGGCGCUGGCUUUUUACAGGGAUGUGGUGGAGAAAAGCAUGAUGGACAUGUUGCCCGGAUCAGCCACAGUCGUGCUCGAGAUGGUCCUCGCUCUCAACCUCGCCCUAAAGCCCUGCUUCUCUAAUCAGAACAGCUCUGCGGUGUCUUCAGUCAUAGCCCGCGUACACCAUAGUGUGGCAGAAUUGGUGCGGUGGAGUGACCAGUUAUUGCUACGUGGGGAUGAGGCUCACAAUACUCAGACCGUCCAACAGGUUGUUCAGACAGUUAGGGAUGCCGUCCAGGCUUUCGUUGAUCUUGCUGCUGAUAAGGAAAACUUGAAUAUAUCAGAUUCAAGCAUAAUGGAUAGCACUCCGUCCACUAAUGUUAAUAAUAAUUCAAUAAACUCGGAUAUAUCAACACCUUAUUACAGAAAUUCAGAUACUGUGUCAAAUCAUCGAAAUUCACUGCCUGAGAUUACAGCUGAUUCACCUGUGGAAAAGAAUAGAAGUUUCCUUUCUCCACGAGACAGUAGCACUAAACUUAGCCAUUCACUAAGUUCUGACUCAAUACUUAAUACAACUGUGGAAACACCUCCUCCAAAGCCACCCCUUCCAACUGGGCGGAAUGAUAUUGCACCCCCACUACCUCCAAAGAAGAAGAAUCACUGUAAGAGAAGUUCCCCAGAGAAUGGUGUAGGCAACCCUAUGUACCAAAACUCACCCCUUGGGCACAGCUCACCAUUAAACCGCAGCCCAAGGGAAAGUUCCUCAGAGUGGCCACCUCAUGGCUGUGGUUCAGGACCUUACACUGGAUCGCUGGACAGGGAAUCUCAUACUGCUCAUUCCUCAGACCAAGUAUCCCCUGCAUCCAGUCUUGACUCCAUGAACCAGUCUCAUGAAGAAUCUGUUAAAUGCCAGACAAGUCUUAAUCCCUGUGGGUCUAUUCUUAAUGAUCGACUUGAUCUUGAUUUUGAAAGAGCCCUGCAGAAGAUUGGUAUAGAACCUAGGCUUGGCCACUGUUUAUCAGACUUUGACACCGCCAGUAUGUGUUUUACGGACUCUGGCUUCCCUUCUCUCUCUUCAGUGAACAGCCUCUCAUCAAACACUCUCAUUAACAGCUCUACCAACCAACCCUUCCUAAGUCAUAUAUCCAAGAGCACCAGUGAGAGUCAGUCAGUGGUGGAGUCUCGCACAGAGACCUUCUUCUCCUCCUCAUCUCAGGUUAGCAGUAAGGUGAGCUGCAGCACCAAGCGUGUAGUAUCCUACCAGCACUUUACCACUACCCGUUCAUCCACAUCAUCCUCAGUUUCAUCUGCUUCAACCUCCUCCAGUGGCAGUGAGGUGGGUCUCCAGGGAGAAAAGAUAGAGAACAACACCAUGUCCAUUCAAGUACCUCCUGCAUUGCCAGUGAAACAGCGCAUACAGCAAGGUCGGCGAUCAGCUGAGAUGCGCACAGCCUCCACAUAUGAUAACGUUAAUUGUGACUUUCCUGAUACUGACACUGUAGACUCACAUGACAUUAGAUAUAAGAAGGAUGACCCUAGUCCCAAGCUUCCUCCCAAGAUUGGCAAUCUGCAACUGGGUGGCAGCAGUAGUAGUAGCACCAGCAGUGUCAACAGUGGUUAUAUGAGUAGUACUACAAGCAUGUUAAGCAACAGUAGUAAUGCCAGCAGUCAGGGGAGUAGCAGUGUUGUGCAGCUACGGCGGCAUACCACAGUGUUCCAGUCCCAGCUUGGUAGUUCAUGCCUUAGUGAUGACAACCCACCACCACUGCCUGUAAAGAAGAAAUAUGUUAUGGACUACAUGAAGCUCUUUGGCCAAGUGUCUGAGCCGAAUGAAAGUGACCUGUUAAGGAAUUCUGUGCACCAGAUACACCUCCAUGCAGAUUGGCAUACUCAUGAGAGUGAACAUGAGCUUUACCAUGCAUCACAUUCAUUCUCCAGCAUGAUGCAAGGCAGCAUGGAGCACAUAUCACUCCAGCCUCCACCAGCCCUGCCCCCUAAGCAGAAGCAGAGGGCCAUUGCCAGUGCCUCUCGCCAGUCCUUGCCACCGGCCAUGAGAGUCGUACCCAUCAUGGGACCUGAGCCAGAAGAGAAGGCUUAUGAACCGAUGGACAAUGGCCGCAAACAUGAAGAGGAGAGAGAUGAACCUGAGGAGGUAAUUGUCCAAGACCAGUGUUUGCACAUAGAAAAGAAAGUGCCAGAGAAGGAAGAGGAAGAAGAAGAAGAGGAAGAAUGUUUGCUUGACUACCUUGAUGUGCAGGAGUAUCUGGUCCUGAAGAAGGAAGGGGAUGAAGGCCCUGACAUCAGAGGAGGUCCUGUGGAUGCGCUCGUGGUCCAUGCAUCUAAGGCUAACAAGAAUGGUGAGGAGGAAGUCUUUAAAUAUUUUUGUAGUACUUUUUUUUACUUAGAUGUGGAG